AAGCGAUUGACAGGUCAUGUGACCAAAGCUAGGAACGCUAGGAAAUUAUGUAGAAAUUUGCUGGGCUAUUUCAACAAGAAAUAUCGAAGAUUUCACCUAAAAUUGGACAUAAGAGAUGCCGGGGACGGUCCGUAUAAAGAUCACGGAGCUGAAUCCUCAUCUGAUCUGCGUAUUGUGUGGCGGUUAUUAUAUCGACGCCUCCACCAUCAGGGAGUGUCUGCAUUCUUUUUGUAGGACAUGCAUCAUCAAAUAUCUUGAGACAACGAAAUAUUGUCCCAUUUGCGAUGCCAUGGUCCAUAAAACAAAGCCCCUUCAAUAUGUCAAAUCAGACAAAAACCUGCAGGAUUUGGUAUAUAAACUCGUUCCGGGGCUUUAUAAGGACGAAAUGAGGCGACGGAGGGACUUCUAUUCCAGUCAUCACGAAGCUGACAAUUCUGACCCCCUACGGCCCAGUGAAGCCCGGGGAUACGAGGACAAAGACAGACUGAUCUACACAGAGGACGAGAAAAUCAGCCUCGCUUUGGAACUUUUCUCAGACGUCCCCGAGUUCACCAAAAAAGAUUCCGAUAAUCCCAACAGAUUGCAGCAGCAAGACAUUCGGUAUUUACAGUGCCCCGCGGCAGUGGCCGUAGCACAUCUAAAGAAAUUCAUCCGCAUGAAGUUCGACCUACCGCCAAAAUACAUGAUCGACAUCUAUCACUCAGAUGAACCCCUCAAGGAUUUCUUCACAUUGAUGGAUAUUGCUUAUAUAUACACGUGGAGAAGGACAGCACCGUUAAGGCUUCUGUAUACUGUUUACGAACAGCGCGCGAAGAAACGAAGAAAUUCAAAUGAAGAAGACGUGAGUCAAACGCAAAAACAACCAAGAUUAACGGAAACAGACCCGGAUAAUGUAAAAGAAAGCAAAGUAACCGAAAAUCGAGUAAGCGCUUCCCCGGAAAGACCAUUAGGUGACGAAAAUUCAUCUCCGGAUAAAAACGAACUCAAAACAAAGGAAACAGAGAAAGAGUGCAAGGUUAACAUCGAGGAAAAGGUCAAGGACAAAAGUGAGGAUAAACAUGACGACGAACAAACUGUGUCAGAAAGCAAAAGUUUAAAACAGUCAACGAACAAGCCAAAAUUAACUGAAAAAGACAGUGUGAAAAAUAUCAUGUCCGGAAAGAAACCAGCACAGAAAUCGCUCCACGAACAGGGUGGGAAAUUCUUUUCUUCCAAUUUCUACAAACGUAAAGCAGCUCUCCAUCCCGACAUUGGUAGCGAUUCCCCGAUGGAUCUGACCAAGAAAACGCUGAAAAAACACAAGGAGUCGAGUACUAAGAAGGUGGGAAAAGAACAAACAAUGAUGAACGGAAGUCUCUUUCCCGGAUAUGAGUUCACGGACUAAAUGUUGUGGAGGAAGGUUUAUUAGUUGCUGGUGCAUUUACACAGACACUUCAUUAAUUGUUACUGCAUGUAGUUAAAUACUUUUUUGUUACCGACUUUUUAUACAAACUUGCCAAUUAUUCUUACAAAGUAAACACGGAAAAGUCAA